AUGGCUACGCCUGUCAAUCAAGCGGAAACCAAGGAAAACUGGGCUAAACAGUUUCCAACUAAUGGUGUGAUCCAAGAACUGAUCAAGCUUAAGGAACAGUCGUCUGGACCACUGUACUGCACUCCUUGUCAAACAAAAGCAAAUCCGUCCAAUCCUGCCAAGUUCUGGUGUAAAAACAUUGAAUCCGGUUUCUGUGAUACUUGUAAAGUUGAUCACCACGAUAUCAUACAUAUUAAAUGUGAUAUUUUAGAUGUGUACAGGGGGGACAGCAAUAGACCAAAACAGUACUCGGUUGUGCCUCACUGUGACAAACAUGACGAGAAUAUGGUUUGGUACUGUGAGGAACACAGACUGCUCGGUUGUAACAUUUGUGUCUUCAAAGACCACAGACGGUGUGAUAACGUGACAUCAGUGAAAGAGUACUUUCAGAAGCUAAAAUCAGGACCACAACUGACAGAUAUACAGGCAGCACUGAAGAAAGGAGCAGAGAUCAUGAACUCUUUAGUGAAGGACUUUGACGAACAGCUACAAGUCAUGGUAAAGAACCAAGAAAUCGCUCUCCAGAGUAUUACAGAUCUACGCCAAAGGAUCGACAAACGGCUUGACGAGCUUCAGAAGAACUGCACUGACAGGUUAAUCACGCUGUUCAAAGACGAAAAGAGGAAAUUAGACGACUCCUUAAGGCAAUGCGAAUGUCUAAAGAACAGUAUGCUUAAUACACUGAAGUCGUCGAUUAAAGCUACAGAGGGAAACAACAUUAUGGAGACGGUAUUGUUGUAUCAGAGAGGAGAGGUAGAGGAAGAGUCGUGCAAAGAACUAGCGAAGGAGAUUAGCAAGACAUAUACAUCCGUCAGCAUUAAACAUGAGAUCGGUCCAGACCCGUUCACCUCUGGCGAUAACGCGAUGGGAAAAAUUAUCAACCACGAUGUUUUCCUGAUGAAUUUGAUUUAG